AGGACGGACCCCGCAGCCGCGCGCACAACAGUCCGCGCCACUCCCAGCCGCAGACGCAGACGCAGACGCAGCCUCCCUGGCCUCGCUCGACUCCAACUUGGCAAAAAUGUCCCACCCUACAGAGACUGAGAAGUGCAUUGAGUCCCUGAUUGCUGUAUUCCAGAAGUAUGCUGGAAAGGAUGGAAACAACUCAACUCUAUCCAAGGCAGAGUUCCUAAUCUUCAUGAAUACAGAACUGGCUGCCUUCACAAAGAACCAGAAGGACCCUGGUGUCCUUGAUCGCAUGAUGAAGAAGCUGGACUUCAACAAUGAUGGGAAGCUAGAUUUCCAAGAAUUUCUUAAUCUUAUUGGUGGCUUAGCCCAGGCUUGCCAUAACUCCUUCCUCAGUUCCCAGAAGUGUAUGUGAGCCCCUGUGGCCUCAAACUUUCCCCUUUCCCUUCCAGCUGCCAAGUUGUCACCUUCUCCUCCUAGUCCAUACCUACCUGGAGCCCAGCACACCCACCACACCAAACAGCCCACUCCUGCUGGUAGUAAUAAAACAUUAUCUUUUUUAAAAA